AUGGAAGAAGCCAGUUGCAUCCCUGGGUACAGAAACAUAAACGCGCAGCUGCUGUACAGGCCGCAAGAAGACUACGCAUUCGUUAAUGAUAUAAAAGCUAGGCAGUUCUUUUACAAUCCAUACUUCCGCAAAGAACCAGAGGGCCCAUAUGUCAAGGAAUAUCACGAGAAGUAUCCGAUUGGCGAACCGCCAAAAGGGUGCCAAACAAUGAACAGACAGUGCAACCCGUUUGUGUCCUACCCGUACGGAGUUCCUCGAGAUCCCCCAUAUGAAAAGUGCUCCAAAUGUAAAGGGAACAAAAAAAGUAAAAAGGAGAAACGGGAAAAAAAGGAGAAAAACCGUCAUCACAGUGGUCAUCAAAGUGAUCACCAAAGUGGCUUAUUCGCUUCGAAAUUGAGCCCCCCCAUUGAUUACAACCCACCCCAGGGGGACUCGCAGCCUAAUGAAGAGAACCAUUUUGAUCAGACUAGGGACUACCCCGCGGUUCAUUAUCCACAGGAGGGAAGCAGCCAAAAGGGGGAUUCACAUUACAGCUCGUUCGAAAUGACCACUGCGCACGACAUGGAAGGCACAUAUCCGCGUGCCAAUGAUGGAGAAAGCGCAUGUGACGAAUUGGAGAGUCCACUAGAGAACCAUGCCGACUACGUCCAUGUUGACAAGCCUGAGUACUAUUACAGCUACAAUGAAAAGGCAAAUAGUAAUUCGCAGGAGGGGCUACAAAAGGUAGACGGGAAAAUUUUUCAGCAUAGGAGUGAUCCUCACCUGAGCGACGAUGGCGAAUGCCUCUCUGAUCAAAAAGUCACUUUUGAUGUGAAAGGAGAAGAUCAAUUCAGCACGAUGUUUGCAGAUUCUGAUGAGGAGAGGGCAAGUCCCCAUAAUGCGGAAGCGCAGAACGAAGUCGAGGGUAUCUUAAGCCAGUACAUAAACGAUAUUAAAAAGAAGGGGUCGAAUGGUAGGAAGCAUCAAAGCAAGGGGAGCACAAGUGGGCAUGAUCCGUACGACACACCUGUACGAAUCAAAAGGGACGCGGAUGAUUUGCACGACAACGAAAUGGUGGCCGUGACAAUGAGCGCGCAGGAAAAGGGGAAAACACCCAAGACGUCCGACGUACGACCAGGUGACGGCGCAAAGAGAGAUAAGCACGACAAGCAGCCCAUCAAACAGGUCAAAAUUUGCGAAGAUGAAAAUGUGUGGAAUAAGUAUAGCGUCAAUGAGAGCUCCAAAAAGGGGGACACUUCGAAUGAGCGUUUGAAAGUGGGAGGCUCAUCGGGGAGAGGUGCCCAAGAUUUGCGCAGUGCGCACAGUCCGCAUAGUCCAUACAGUACGCCUAGUUCUUACAGUCCGCGUAGUCCGUACAGUCCACACAGUACCCGCAGCCCUCACAACUUGCUCAAUCAGCGCGAUACCGAAAGGGGGAAAACGUCGGACCAUCAUGGCAGAGUCUGCAAACAAGCUAUUCCAAAGAACGAAGCAGCAAAGAAGGAUGUCAUACAGUCAAGACAUAAAAGAGAAACUGUUAACACCCCACAAAUGUCAACAUCAAAUGAGGAAGACAAAUGGGGUGCCAUUUCUGCGAAAAAAGGUGCACCGAAACAAAGGAAGGGAUACUAUCCACAUAGGGACAUUAUGCCACCAAAAAGGAAAACUGAGAAGAAAGAAUUAACUUAUAAAAACUCCAAAAUAGCAAUUGGGAGAACCAAGUCAUUGAGGUUUAGAACAGGUACCGUCACUUUCCCCACCAAACAUAUUAACUCCCAACAUAGGAAAAAAAGCAUUCUGAGCAAACAAAAAUCAAUGUUCGAAACGAAGCUCAAAAAGCAAAACACGGUAGCCUUGAAGAGGAGAAAAACCAUGUCUAGGAUAAAUUCUAUGAAGAACCCACCUUACACAAUCGUCUUAAACAAAAAGAAGGUCAUCAAUAUGCACAAAGGGAUGCAUCCUAUGGAGAACAAGAAGGAUAAAAUGAGUGGUACUACUACCCCUGUGGGCGCGAGGAAAAUGCUCGCCAGGUCAAAGACCAAGGUCCUACUCAUUGAUAAUGAAACGAAAAUAUUUAAAAAGGAAAAUGUAAAAAUGGUUUCAAGGAACCCAUUUAACCCAAUUGCAUCUUCUUUGGAAAGCUCCACACGUAAGGAGCCAGAAAAUGGGAAACAGAAAAAAGAAACGGACAUGGCCGGAAGUGGCAAAAGAGAGAGUGCACACCUAAGCGCUAAUGCGGAUAAGAAAAAAAACUACCACGUCUCCGUUAGAAAUAAGGUGAAAUCGAAAAAGGAGGAAAUGUUCCAAAAUAUUAUAUCCUUGACGAAAAACAUGAAGGAGAAGCCGCUAAAGAAGAAGUACAACGACCAGAUUGACCCUCGCGAUUUGCUAUCGGUCACGUCUAACAAUAGCAGCGCUGUGGCGGACGAUGAUUUGUAG